AUGCUGUUUACUAACAGAUUAUUGGAAGCUGGUAAAAAAUCUAUUGAUCUUCCUUCAAUUUCUCCCAAUGUACUUGAAACACUUGAUAAUUGUGUUUAUUCAGGAGAAAUAAAUAUUUAUCAAGAAAAUGUAGAAGAACUAAUGAUAGCAGCAGUUAUGUUAAAACUUGAUGAUGCUGUAAGUAAAUGUUGUACAGAAUUCUUGAAAAGUGAAUUAGAUUCAACUAAUGCUGUUGGAUUAAUUAGGUUUGCUGAUAUGCACAAUUUUACUGUUUUGCACAAAUUAUCAAAAGAUUUUAUAUAUGGAAAUUUUAUUCAAAUUUGUGAAGAUGAAUUGGGUGAUUUGUCUAAAGAUCAAUUUAUUAAGUUUCUCCAACAGUGA